GCCAGGGCUGAGCCAGGGCCCGGCGCGGCGCUGAAGAGCGGGCGGCGGCGGCGGCGGCGUUGCGAGCCGGGCUCGGCGCUGCCGGGCAUGCAUAACAAAGGCGAAAGGCGAGGCGCCGCGUGCGGGCUCUGCAGCUGCAAUGCUGAGACUGCUGCCAAAUCCCCCUCUGAGGGACAGUGUGAUCUGAAGGAAGACGAUCGCCCACCUCCAGAGGACAGCCAGCAAGCCACAGCAAUGUCCAUGGCAACAGAGAGCUGGGAGGAUAAGACAAGCAAUGAGAAAUCGAGUGAUACUCAACCUGCAGGGAAUACCUCCAGUCCCAGCUGCCGCCGAUCCAGCUCUGACAUCGUCCAUGAGAGCACGGAUGGUGCCAAGGCCCAGAGGGAGUGCAGGCUGCGGCCGCAUUUCAGUGACCCCAUGCCAACAGACUCAGUGAAGAGGAAGCAGCUGGAGCUGAAGAUCGCAGCGGCAGCACGGCAGCAUGCACAGAAACGCCGGCAGGAGCGAGACUACGGUCCAGUGGUAGCAAAAGCCAACCUUGGUCAUGGCAGCAGCUUUGACGAGACUCGCCGUGCCCCACGUGGCUCCCUCCGUUCCAGACAUCACUGGAGCAACAUCAGCAGCCUGAGCACCGACAGCGGCAUCGUGGGUGUGAACGAUGUCCGUGAUGACCUGGAUCCCAGUGAGGCCACCCGGACCAAGUCUGCAGAGGUGGAGAGGGCAGACAGUGGCAUUAGCCAGAUGUCAGCCAGGAAGUGGAGGAACAGGGCAUCCGAAACACUGAGCUCCCUGCAGGCCUGGGAAGCCCACCGGCCCUGUACCGACUGUGGAGAAAGGGACCUCCCAGUAGAGACAGAUAUGCAGAACUGCAAUCAGAGGCGGGCUGACCUCUGUGAGAAGUGCCGCAAGCGCAGGACGGAGCGCAAGGAAUCCGUGCUGGAGUUCGUCAACACGGAGGCCAGCUAUGGGGAGGACCUGCGCAUCAUCAAAGAGGAGUUCUAUCUCCCCAUGCAGGCAGCUGGGCUGCUGAGUCAGGAGCAGCUUCUUGGCAUCUUCAGCAAUAUUCAGGAGCUCAUUGAUCUCAAUGAAAGCUUCCUGGAAAUACUUCAGGAAGAGAUCGAUCAGGCCUUUGAUCAGGGGGACGAUGACCUGAUGACCGUGUGCAUCGGCGAAAUAUUUCUAGAGUUCGUCAACAUGUUGCCAGCCUUUCAGACCUACUGUCUUCAGCAGUCCUCCUCUGUGAACAUGCUCAAUGCUCUGGAAAAGGAGAAAGAGUUGCUCAGAAUAUUCCUCAACGUGUCCCAGAAUGACAACACAGCACUGCGACGGAUGAACUUGAGGUCCUUUCUGAUGGCCCCCUUGCAAAGGGUCACAAAGUACCCACUGCUGCUCAGCAGAAUCAUCAAGGCCACCACUGAGUACCACCCAGAUCACGGCAGCCUGCGGGAGGCCAAGAGCCGCAUCGAGUCCCACCUGGAGCACAUCAACAUGAAAACCAAGCAGGAGGGAAACACGUGGACCCUCCGCUCCUUUCGCCAAGACAGCAAGAAGAAGAGGGAAGUCAUCAACAUUGAAAUGAGGGAAACUGCCCUCAAAACUGUGGGAUGGCUGCGGGAGGAAACACGAUUUGUCAUGGAGGGGUCUCUGCAGCUGGCCCAGCCCCCUGACGGCCAGUGGGUAAAGAAAGGCAGUAAGACCCUGAAGUUUCAGAACAUGCAGGUCCUCCUCCUGGUGAAUAUGAAACGUGUGUCUGAGUCCAGCCUGGAGUCAGCUGAGCCCGGGCCUGUGAAGGAUGCCGUGCUGGUACUCAUCAGGGACAAAAAUAAUGGGAAGUUCCAUUUGCUCAGGGAGCCCUUGAGGCUGAGUAAUUGCAUUGUCUCCACUGAUCCUGACUGUGACGACACUUUUGAACUCAUUGAAAUCAGGAGGGAGGCGUUUGUGUUCCGUGACAGCGACCGGGCACGGACUCACCACUGGUUCCGGCAGAUCCGGCGGUACUCGCGGGAGUUGGGCUCCUGGAAGAAGCGUCGGAACGCGCUGCCCAACAUCAUGAUCAGCACGCCUCACACCAGGCCCUGAGACCCGUGUGGGCAGCACGCAGUGACACUGGGCUCGGCCAGAGCCACGUGCGAGGACCCUGAGAGCCUGGGUGGCCUGAAUUUGCUCUGCUUCGUGGACAACACGGAAAGGAGUCUGAUGCAUGAACUGCUUACUGAGCGGCGCCGGAACCAAGGUUACAGCCUGAUCCCGGUCUCCAGCCUCAGGACUCAGAGCCUGUUUGUGGCUGAUGUACAUACACAGAGGGGCCUGCUGAGGAGCAGACCUCUGGAGGAAAACAAUGAGUUUAACUUGUUAAUAUUGCACUGUGGGAGAAUGAUGUGUGAUGCUUGCAUUUGCAUGAAUUCUGUUGAAAGCCAGUCUUGAUAACAUGAGAGAGGUUUCUACCACUGACUAUAUUUCAUUAUAGGUAAAGUCAGGGUCAACAUUCGGUGCAGUAUUAUGCAGAAGAGGAGGAAAGUCGGAGAAAAUAUUUUCCAUUGCUACUCCUGAGGACUGUAUUUCAUUUUUCAAUUGUAUCUUCAGUCACAGUACUUGUUUUAAAAGGUCUUUCAUAUUUAAUCCGAGUCAAGUAGGAGUCGAGUAGGAGUUAAUUUACUCUGAUCCAGCUGCAUGCCCACAGCACACGAAAAAGGUCAGAUGCUAAAAGGGGUUCUUGCUCUCUCCCGUGUGCACCCCAAAUACAUGUAAAGAGCGUUGGAAGAGCAGUAUCCCCCCAGUGGAAGUCUGUAUUUAAUGGACUCAGAGACUGAGACGUUACAGUGCAUCUCAAAUAUUUCAGAACUGUAUGUAAAUAUGGCUCUGCUACCACUAAUAGUGAACUUAAAAUGCAAUUAUUUAAAUGAUGUAAUCUAGUGUAUUUCAAAAUUUAACUGAAAGGAACACUUUACAUCGUCCUGUAGAGAAAACAUAAAAGGUUUUAAUAAUUAUGUUUCAAUGAC